AUACAUAGAAUGACAGAAAAGUGAAACAUUCAUAGGAAAUCUUGGAAAGAAAAUUUGUUCCCAUGAAAGAAUUGAGAUGAUGGCAUUUUGCAUUUAUAAUAUUUAAAAAAAAUUUUUCUGGGCAAGAUCUGUUCAUUUAGGAUCAAAUUAAAAGUUACUUUUGUUUUAAGGUUAAUCUCAUACCUGUAAUCCAGCACUCCAGAGGCCACUCUGGAGGAGUGGUAUGAAUGGGACGCCAGCCUUCACUACAGACUGAGACCUUGUCUCAAAAAAACCCAAAGACAAAAUAAACAAAUAAUAUGUGUAAAACCUAUUUGGGAUUGUCUUUUUACUUAUUUUUCUUCCUCAGAGCCAGUGUGCAAACGAGCAGGCAAGUUCUCUACCUCGGAGCUGCUUCCUCUCCCCAGUUAGUGACAAUGAACUCCCAAAUUGCACCGCUGUUACCACAGACUUGCACUGAGCAAGACAGCCUGGGUCAAGUAUUUGAGGAUGCUUUUGAGGCGCUGACACAGCCUUCAGUUGGAGAACUUCAGUACUCCCCAGAACAUAAUAAAAAUUACAUGGCGUUCCUUAACCAUUAUCCUCACAUCAGAGGCAGUUCCAGUUGGUGUGGAAUGUUACCCCCAGAAGAGCCCACCUAUAACUGGAGAAAUGUAACUAAUGGUUCUGGGGACUUGUAUUUGGAAGAAAAUUUCCAUCAAUCUCUGCAGAGCAUAACUGAAAACCAGCUGGUACAAGCCACCCUCUUCCAGCAAAAAGGAGGAAAAGGCAGGAGGAAGCUUCGGCUGUUUGAAUACCUUUACGAAUCUCUGUGCAAUUCAGAGAUGGCAUCUUGUAUUCAGUGGGUCGAUAAAACCAAAGGCGUCUUUCAGUUUAUAUCAAAAAACAAAGAAAAGCUUGCUGAGCUUUGGGGGAAAAGAAAAGGUAACAGAAAACCCAUGACUUACCAGAAGAUGGCCAGAGCCCUGAGGAACUAUGCCAGGACUGGAGAGAUCACGAAAAUCCGGAGAAAGCUGACCUACCAGUUCAGCGAAGCUGUUCUCCAAAGACUCUCUCCAUCUCCCUUCCUGGGGAAAGACCUCUUCUACUCACAGUAUGGCCAGCCUGAUCAGGAAUAUCUCAGCUUGAGCCCCUGGAAUGCAAACUACUACGCUUAUGCCGGUUACCCGAACUAA